GCACCUAGCUGGACGCAUAAGAUUGCCGACGCUGAAUUGAUACGAAGGUGUGGGUUGAAUGUACACAGCACUCUGGAAUGCUCAUGAAUCUGUCCGUGUUGCUAGUCAAAGCUGUUAACACCAAUGUCACUCUAGGCGCAUAUAUUUAUGUUUGGUGCUUGCUCGAGUCGUGCAUCAGAUGAGCCAGGUUCAUCUUGUACACGUACGCGCCCCGCCAAAUUUAUUAGAGACAAGCUCGGCCGCCACUUCAAAGGAAGCUGCGACCCUUUAACAGCACUAGAACACUUCAAGUCUCACAUAUUUGCUCUGUGUCGUUCCAUCCUACUUCUCUCUGCCGUUCCAUUUUAUCAUCUUCCGCCUUGACUUCCUCAGGGCGCCGUGGUGAUUUCCCUGCCGUCUUCUUCCCUUGUACAUCUCUCAAAAAACCUACACCUCGUCAUCCAUCGCGCAUCACGCAUCGCACAUCAUGGCGUCCAACGGAACUGCUGCAAACAGAUUUCUCAUCUGGGGUGGUAGAGGCUGGGUGGCUGGUCAUCUGGAGAACAUACUGAAGAAGCAGGGCAAGGAAGUCUACAUGACGACGAUCCGAAUGGAGGACAGAGAAGCAGUUAAGGCAGAGCUAGACAAGAUCAAGCCAACUCACGUUCUCAACGCUGCUGGCUGCACUGGGCGGCCCAAUGUUGAUUGGUGCGAGGACCACAAGGAGGAGACAAUGCGAUCCAACGUCAUUGGAACUCUUAACUUGACCGACUUGUGUUCCCAGGCCGACAUCCACUGCACCGUGUUUGCCACUGGUUGCAUUUACCAUUACGAUGAUACUCACCCCAUUGGUGGCCCGGGAUACAAAGAGACAGACCCGGCCAACUUCAAGGGUAGCUUCUACUCGGAGACCAAGGGCCACGUCGAGGAGAUCAUGAAGUACUACACCAACUGCCUGAUCCUCCGCCUUCGUAUGCCCGUCUCCGAUGAUUUACACCCCCGGAACUUCGUCACCAAGAUCAGCAAGUAUGAUCGAGUGGUCGAUAUCCCCAACAGUAAUACCAUCCUGACGGAUCUGCUCCCGGCCUCGAUUCUCAUGUCUGAGAACAGGGACACGGGAGUGUACAACUUUACAAACCCCGGUGCCAUUAGCCACAACGAGGUUCUCUCUCUUUUCAAGGAGAUUGUGCGACCCGACUUCACAUGGAAGAACUUCACGGUGGAGGAGCAGUCCAAGGUGAUCAAGGCAGGCCGAAGCAACUGCCUGCUGGACACCACGAAGCUGGAGAACAAGCUCAAGGAGUACAACUACACCGUUCCGGAGGUCCAUGAAGCAUACAGGAAGUGCUUUGAGAGGAUGAAGGCUGCAGGGGUUCAAUAAAAAGCCAGUGGUAUAGGUAUGCCCCAUGCAAGCUGCAUGCAGCCGCACAAGGCUGAGACGUGGGGCCACAAUUUCUUUCGUGGAUAUAGAACACUUUGCAAAAAUGCAUGGACGACGCAGGUCAGGUCAACAUGAUAUUGGACUGCUCCAGAGCUUCGAUUUGGUGGAUGAUUCUGUGUUUGGUAAAUUGCCU